AAUUUUUACGAACUCUUCUACGCUAAAAAUCGUCUCAAAAAUCGUAUUAAAAAAUCACCUUUUGCACGAAAUACAAAGAAUUUCUAUCGAAAUCAUCCCUUUGUUUAUGUCACGUUGUUACGUAGGAUUCGAGCAGAAAGAAUUUUUAUGCUAGAAGCAUCAUUUUAUACCUCGAUGGUUAUUGUAAAUUCAUCAGCACGUUUGUGGAACUUCUCCAAUAAGGAUUAAAGUUUCUUGUUUUUGAUCGCUACUAUUUUCAUUGGUGAUUCUUGCGUGAUUAAUUCGUUUUAUUCACUUUGUUAGUUUUUAAGUAUUGCAAUUAUGGACGACUUGGAAGUUGAGGUAGUCGGCGAAAACGGAGCCCUUUACAAGGCUUUCGUUACCGACGUCUUUGAUAAUGAAGUUUCAGUAGUGUUCGAAAACGAAUGGCAACCGGAGUCCAAAUUCGCCUUUAAUUUAGUCAAAUUACCAUCGAGAAAUAACAAUCGUGAAUUCUCCGAGCACCAAGAAGUUGAAGUGUUUUCCAAAUCAAACGACCAAGAUACUUGUGGUUGGUGGAAAGCAGUUAUUAAGAUGAUCAAAGGUGAAUUUCACGUCGUCGAAUACGUAGGCUGGGAAAACACUUAUACCGAAAUUGUACCACCAGAGCGUUUACGACACAUAAACUCAAAUCCGACGAUAGAUCGUAAUACGUUUUUUAAAUUUGAAAUCGAAGUGCCUGAUGAUUUGAGAGAACACGCUAAACUGGACGGUGCUCAUAAAGAAUUUCAAAAAGCGAUUAACGCCUCCAUAUGUAGAUAUUUAGCAGAUAAAGGCAAGCUAGUUGUAAUUUCAAGAUGCGAUCAAUCGCAGAAGCUAGCAACCAUGAUGAAAGAUAUGCAUUUCCGUAAUCUCAGUCAAAAGAUAUUACUUUUAAAAAGAACCGAAGAGGCUGUUAGACAGUUAGAAUCCACCAAACUACAAAAUGUAGGAGGCUUUUCCGACGAAUUUCAAGUACGCGAAGAUUUAAUGGGCUUAGCUAUAGGAGCACACGGUUCAAAUAUUCAAUUAGCUAGAAAAGUAGAAGGUAUUACGAAUAUAGAAUUAGAAGAACCUUCGUGCACGUUUAAAAUUUAUGGCGAAACCGAUGAAGCAGUGAAAAAGGCUAGAAAUAUUUUGGAAUAUAGUGAAGAAUCAAUUCAAGUUCCUCGCGAUCUUGUCGGCAAAGUUAUAGGCAAAAAUGGUAGAAUUAUUCAAGAAAUCGUGGAUAAAAGCGGCGUUAUCGAUGCGUUUUUUUUGUUCUCGUCGGCGCAGGUACGUGUUAAAAUUGAAGGCGACAACGAUCCUCAACCGACGACUCACCGAGAAGAGGGCCAAGUUCCUUUCGUUUUUGUUGGCACAGUAGAAAGUAUAUCGAAUGCUAAAGUUCUUCUCGAGUAUCAUUUAGCCCAUUUAAAAGAAGUUGAAAAAUUAAGACAAGAAAAAGUCGAAAUCGAUCAGCAGUUGAGAAGUAUGCACGGCACUAGUAUGGGAUCAAUGCAAACUUUCCCCACUCAGAGAAGAAACGAUCGUGGAUAUAACUCAGAUAUGGAAAGUUCACAAGGUGGUGGUCGUGGACGAGGUGGCAGUAUGAGAGGCCGCGGUAGAGGAGGCGGCAGAGGUAACCGAAACGAACGAUUUAAUCAAGGUUCAAGACAUCAGACUCCCGAGAACGCCGACGACAGAUUACCUCCGCGCCAAUCGAGCUAUCAAGGAAACAGCACCGGUGACUCAUCGCGACAAUCUCAAGGCGGCUACUCGAUGAGAAACAACCGAUCGUCCAGAGGGGUACCCCCGUCCCAAGGAGGUCCUCGCCGAGAACGCAGAAUGGACGAUCGACGUCGCCUCAACGACGACGACGAUAACGUAAUGGAUUCUCACGACAGCGUAGACAGAGAGUCGAUUUCAAGCGUAGAAGGGACGCGCACGCGACGAAAUAAAAAUCGUAAACGAAAGGGAGUACGUCAAGCGAGCUCUUCGCCGGCUGAGGUUAUUAAAAAUGGUACCGCCGAACCGCACGAAGUAGUUAACUCCACGUCCAACAACGGUCUCGACAACGCUGUACCGAACAACAUUAAAGAAAACGCCGUCUCAGACGGACCGCGUCAGCAACGCUCCAAGAGCCAAAAAUCAUCGUCUAAACGUAACGCGGUCGCAUCGGCCGCCGUAAAUGACAAACAAAACGAGCAACCCUUGGUGAACGGUAAUUCGGCUUAGCCGACCAAUCAGCAGCUCAUCUUACUACAACAUACAACUACGCCCGAUAUAUUCAACUCUAAAAAGCAUUUUUUUCGCCUUACGUAAUACGGACAAUUUACAAGGUGUCCCUAUCAUCAUUAUUAUCACCUAAACUACAUUACUAUUAUCUUACUACUACUUCUUUUGUUUUUUUUUCCUUUCUUAUUUUCUCUUUUUUUCGAUCGCGGAUAAUUUCUGUUUUCUCCCCUUUUCUUUUCUUUCUUGUAUUUCUCUUCUGUUUCUUUCUUCAUUUCACGUCUCUCUCUCUCUCUCUUUCUCGAUGUUAUUUUAUGUAUUACCCUAAUUUUCCUAUUAAAUUUUUUUUUCUUUUUCUUAUACUAUUUCGUAACGAGUAAAAUGUGUUUUUUUUUUGUUAUGUUAUACUACUACAAUUGGUUUGCUUUAAACAACGCGUUUAAAAAACGCAUUUUUUUUGUUCGUUUAUUCGAAUCGCUAGUUACAUAACAAUCCUUUUGUUUUGUGGUUUUGAUUUUUGAUUUUUGAUUUCGAUCAUGUUUCCCGAACUGUCGUUGAUUGAAUUCUGAUACUGUUUCAUGAAGGAUGUCGUUGUUAUCGAAGUAUUUUUUAACCGUGUUUUUAAGUUGCAUGGCAGGGGGGAGGGAGAAGGGAAAAAUCCGAAAUGAUAUCUAGUAUAAUUUUACUGUUUUAAAAUUAAAUUUUCGGUGACGUUUAUUCAAAGAAAUAGGGUAUGGUGAGAUUUUUUACCCGAGCACAUGUUUUGUAUUAUAAUAUUCUGGGUUCUUGAAAUUUAUGGUUUUUUGAUCCGUGCAUGAUCGUAUUUUAAUUUAUUUUCUAUUUUUUUUUUUUUUUUUAAUUGAGAGGCAAAAUAUGGAGAAGUAUCGAAAUCGAAUAAUUUCGAAAAAAUUGAUUUCUAUUAACUUAUAGUUGGUUUAUUUAUGUAGUUUUUAAAUAUGCAUCCAUUAUUUAAUAGCAAUCUACUUCUGUUCUUUUUUUUGUGGUUUACUAGAUUUUUUUUUUGAUUUUCACGUUUUCUUGCGCGAAUAUUGAAAGCGAGAAAAAGAGAGAGAAAUGAACGCAGUUUAUUCCAAAUUAAUAUAAUUUUGGAUUGUGAUUUUUAAAUAGCGUAAAUUGUAUCUUAUAAUUUUGUUUCUUUCGCUCACCGUUAUAAUUUUACCCCCCUUCUUUCCUAAAUCGUAAGUAUGCAUUUGUUUUUGUUCUACUUUUUUUUCCUUUUUUCGUUCGAUCUUUUGAAUGUAACGCAUCGCCAACUUUCAUAUUUACUUAUGUAUCAUGUAUUUUACGUCGUAUCCGAAUUGACGCGUGUACAAAUUCUAAUCUGAGACGUGCCCGAGCUCAAAUGAGCACGUAGAUUUUUUUUCAUGGUUGUGUGUACGCGUAUCUCGCUGUAUUGCCUUUUAAUAUUUACUACUACUACUACUACCUGUACUUUUCUUUUUUCGUUUGUAUGUGUGUGUGUUUGUGUGUCCUCCUUCUUCUCCCGAAGUAUAUGUCGAAUUAAAAGCGUAUUUUUACCUUCGUCUUGGAAGAGCUUAAUCGCGGAAAAUUGACACCAGUAUGUACGAGCUUGAUGAGACGAGAAGAUGUUGAAAUGGCCGCCGUUUGUCGAGGGUUCUUUUUCUCCUCAAAAUAAUAACAACGUAUCUUUUUCUACUUUUCGUCAACGUCAUGUGUGUUUGAUCUCAAAAUACUCGGUUGAGUUUGAACUGUCGAGGGGAUUUUUCUUUUUUUCUUUUUUUUUUUACUUGUGGCGUUGAGAAGACUUAGGUAAUGGUGUCUGCGAGGCUAAUGGCUGAAGUAUCGACUUGGGGGUUUCGGUAGGAUUGAAAAAUUAGUAUUAUUUCGGACUUUCGAUACGAUUCGAACUCGAGCUGCGGUUAUUUAGAUCAGGCAUUAUAUACAAUAUAUACGACGAGAUUGAUCUGUAAUAACGAAAUCAUUCGAAAUAUCUCGAACGGACGGUAUAACCAACUUGAAUGAGGAUUAUUUUCACCUAACAAUGGAAGACUUGAGAAUUUUUUUCUUAUUGUAAAAUUGUACUUAAAAAAACAACGCAAUUUCUUAGUAAAGAACGAAAUGAAUUACCGAAGCGAGUAAUGAAGCUUCGGUAUGUAACUUGGUGAUAACUCGUAUUUAAAAAAGGAUGGAUGUUACUAUAUUUAUUCGAGACAGUAUAUUUAUUAUAUACUAAUGCGUUUAUUAUUGAUUAAGAAUUUGUGAAAUUCUCUUAUUUAACGUAUUAAUAUUUACUUCACGAUAUAUGAAUUAUACGUAAUUUUAUUAGGAUUUUUUUUUCGAUUGAUUUGUACGUUUACGUCUUUUUUUUCCUCUUGAUUUUUUUCUCUCUUUAUAAGUUUUAAGUUUAUGUAGCAUUGUGUAAAAUAGGUAAUAUGGAAAUUAAUGCGAAGUUUAUAGGUCGAUUGUUUCAGGUAUUAUUUCGGGGUAUUGAAUUUUUUUCUUUUCUUUUUUUUAAUUUGGCGAAAGAUUUUGUUUUUUUGUAGUAAUACGAAAAUUAUUUGAUUUUACAAACACUUAAAUUUGGAAUUUUUCCCACUGUCUUGGGCAUUGCACGAUUCAUCGGCGUGUUCAAAUUUCCUCUUGUGUUCUUGCCAAGAAAAAUAAUAGUCGUGUGAUCUCGAUUUUUUUUUACUGUGAAAUUUGUCGUACGAAAUUUUUUUCAUGAGGGUUUGAAUCGUGCUUGUGCCUAUAGUGACGUGGAUUAUGCAUGUAAAUUAGAUACAAUUUUACACUCUUGGUCACUGAGUAUUCAGGGAUAUAAUUUAUACUAGAGUUUAAGAUAAACGAGAGAAUGAGUUGUGAUGUCAAGUUGGUCGUCGGUGUGUCGGAUGAAAUCACUGUGCCCUUUUUUGAAAAGCGAUUGGAAUGCCAUUUUGAUUUGAUUUGGUUAUAUUAAUAUUAUUGGUGUAAAUACUUAAUGGUUUUAAAUGUUCAAGGAGGUGGCCUAUUCAAACAUUCUAUAUUAGUAAAUUUUUUGUGCGGUUUGUUGAAUUCGUGCAGAAUUACUCCUCUCAAAAAAUGGUUUAGGAUGAGAUCUGAAAAAAAUCGUGAACUAGUUUAGGUCACGGUUUAUUUGUUUAAAAAGCUGAUUUAAAAAAAAAAUGAAAAUCGAGAGUUGAGUGAUCAAAACGCAAUUCAAAAGAUGAUAAAAAUCUACAAAUCUGGUAAGAAAUCAUCAAAAAUGCAAAAAUUGAAAAAUUGCCCCAAAAUUGAACACUUUUCUUGUUGGAACUAAAAAUGAAAUUCGUUUCAAUGGUUUAAUAUGUUUUUUUUUUUGCUCUAAAGAAAUUGCACAAAUUUUGCCAAUGCAAUGGACAUCCUGUUGGUUUAAUUUUUUUGUGAUUGAUUUUGAUAUUCUGUUAUUCAGAACCUGCUAAUAAAUUACAAUAUUUAAUCCACAAUUCCUUCUUCUUCUUAGCCCUCUCAAUUUUGGAGACGAGUGAUUUUUCAUUUUGGUUUAAUUUUUUGAUUUAUUACCUCAUUUGAUUUGUGAAAUUUUUGCCAGAUUUCAAGAUAGGACUCCCUUGUGUGUAGAGACGUUGACCCAAAAUGAUUUGGGUUUCAGUUGGGUUUAUUGUUUUGGGUCUGGAUUUUGUAAGGAGUUGAAAUCUAUUUUUAGGUUCACUCAAAAUACUGCUGUUUCGGGUUUUUGAAAAAUAAUUUCGGUUUCAGGCCGGGUUCAAUGAAAAGUUACAUAAAAUUUUCAAUGAUUCUGAUGCUUUCAGUUUGAAUUUCCAUUCACAUCAUUUCAACAAAAUUCUAGCUCCUCCUGGUUUUUAAAAUGGAUUUUUAGACUAAUUUCCUGGAAAUUUCAUAAUUUUUUUUUGUGAUUUUCAGUGAAUUUUGAUGCUUUUAACAGCGUUUUCCAAUUGCUUUAAAACAUUUUUAUCACUUUUUCCAAAAACCCGAGGGUCGAAAUUAUUUGAAUCUGUGUCAGUUCCAGUUUUGAGUUGAGAGCAAUAUUGAUUUCGGGUUUUAUUUUGGUUUUGGGUUUUGUCAAACUACAUAAUAUAAUGGGUUGGGUUUCAUUUAGGUUCAUUUUGGGUUGUAAUUUGAAUCGGGUUUCAAGCAGUUUCGGUUUCGGGUUUGUUUCGGCUUGAAAGCCCUGCUUGUUCGAGCUGGUCUCUGUUUCCCUUAAGUGGUGGAACUAUCUAAAAGCUCAAGUUGGAUAGUCGUUUGAUAAGACAACUUGUAUUCUGCUCUUGUAAAUUUUCUUUCGUUUCAUUAUUACCGAAUUUAAUCGAUAAUUGCCGAUCUUCCCCGAAUAUUCACGAACUGGUUCGAAUUCACGAACUGGCUCGAAAAUUGCCGAUCUGUAACGAUUAUUGACGAAUUUAAAAUUCGUAUAUCAUAUCCUGUCAUUGAUCUGCAUUCAAAUUAAUUGUAGGUAUUUUUUAUUCUGAAUAUUUGUUUUUGAAAAAUCAGAUCAUCAAUUGAAUUAUUUUUCAAUUCCUUUUUUCUAAUAAAUUGUUGAUAAAUUCAAGCGAUUGUUACCGAAUUAAUCGAACGUUGUCGAUUUUUCUCAUUAGUCAUUAUCUGAUGCUUAACAAAGGUCUGGUCUUGGGUGUGAUUUUUUUAAGUAUGUACCUGUAAGGAAUGUAAAUGUAGAUUCCUAUUUUGAAAAUUUAUAUUUUCAUACAUUUGUUACUCUUGUGGUUUACUCAUUUGGGCAGUUUAAAUCAUGUCUCGACGUCUCGAAGCUCGAACUACAGUUCAAAUUUUUUUCCAAAAAUGUGCCAUCUUCAUAGUUCAACCUGGAACAAAAUGAGACGAAGAAACAGUUUCUUGUCCCUCGAGACUUGAUUUUGAUUUCCACUUUUCAUUCAUUUUAUCAUUUUAUAUGGAAAAAAACCAAAAAAGAAUCAUCAGUGACAAUUUUUUUUUCCCCAUCAAAAUAUUCCAUCCAAGAAGUCUGUGUAUUGUCAGUAAAUUUCCUAACAAAAGAUUACUGAAGUAUCAGAUCUAUUGUAAGAAGUAAGAACAACCACUUCUAAAGUUUGAAAAUCUCCAAGUCUUAAUUUAAUUGGAAACGCACAACUUUGUGACCCUAAAAUAUUCAAGUAUAUUCAAAAAUAUCCAAAUUCAUCCGAAAACGUUCCAAUAAUUAAUUCAGAAACUAUUAAUUGCUUGAAAAUAUCUUCAAUUACCCGAAAAUAUCCGAAUUAACCCGAACUCCCCCGAAAACACCCGAUUUUAAUCGUACUUAUCCGAAACUAGGCGAUUUCAUCCGAUCACUCGAACGAAGAUCUGUACAUAGCCGACCAUUGUUAUUAAUGUAGGUAGAAUUAACAUCUAAAAAUUUAGAAAUUUUUGCGAUUUAGUUACUAAUAAAUAAUAAUGGCGUUACUUAUUGGCUUCUAUUUCUAUCAAAGUUAAAGAAGAUAUUGAAAAAAUUGAAAACCCACGGGUAGUUUUUUCUUUUUCUUCGAUUUUUUCCUUCUUUUUUCUCUUUGGUUUCUCGAUUUUGUUUGGAAUUUUAUGAUUUUUUUUUUUGGUCUUAGCACAGCAUCCAGCUACAUAAUAAUGUACUAUAUUUUAAGAUUUAUUAUUAUCAUUAUUUUUAUCGCUGUUAUCAUUAUUAUUUACCUAUUUAAUAAUCUAAAUGAUUAAUUUCUCGGAAAUUUUUCAACAUUACUAAAGUAGUCAGUCAAGAUCUACGACUGCAUCGCGAACGAUACGUACUCGUAUUUAUAACACAAAAAAUGUUCUAACGUACGAAAUUCGAAUUUCAUUACACACGUAUGCCAAUAACAUCAUAGGUUCUUUGGUCACUUUGCCCGGUUACCGCGCAGAAUAAUUAAUUAGGUAUCGCGUAAUUUUUACAAAUUACCUACCUAUGUAAACGACGACGACGGUUGUAUCUGGUUAAAGGAAAAUUAAUUAUUAAGUAUGUGGAAAAUCGUACGGUUGAAAAAAAAAAUGUCAUUGACCCGAAUCCACCUUACUAUUUUGUACGAUGACAUGUAUGUAUUCCAAAUAUCGAUACAAACUUAAUUUACUCAAUUUCUUGACGUAUAUUUACUAAUUACGACAUGAUUUUUUUUAACGUAUGUACCUAGCGCCUUAACACGAGUCAGGCAUUGUUUCUACAUAUUUUUUUUCACGUAGUUUUUUCUCAUCCGAUUAGUGACGAUUUUGUACCAAUUUAGAGACGCUUAUCAAGAUAGCGCAAAUUUUUUUUGUUGAGAUGAUGGUUAUAAUAUAAACAUCUCGGCGCUCCGUGUCAUGGAAACGGACCUAAAAUAAGCGUAAAUGCGAAUGAUUGUGUCCUUUCGAACAUCUUAUAUUCUGGUAUCCUAAAAUAAGCGACAAUAUUACAUUAUGAUGACCGGCUUUUUCCUCAGACUGAUUUAAAAAAUUAACAUUACGAGAGUAAACUGUAGUUUGUACUCAUGUAAAUGCGGAGCAUUAUGUAAAAAACUGUACGAAAAACAAUUAUGUUUAGAUUUAAAUUUUUACUAUUUUUUGUACCCUUUUUUUUCCUUUUUUUUUUUUUUUUUCGUUUUAGAUUAAAAAAUACGAUUCGAGAACAUACUAGGUAAUGUUAAAUUGUUAUAUAAAUAUAAAUAUGUAAUGUAAAAAUUUAUUCAAUAAAAGGUAAUAAAAUA